GUCGCCAACGUGGCGUCCCUUACAGAAGACCUUUGAACAUGAUGUCACGAAGUGAGGUUUUGAUUUUAUGCUGCGCCGGUUUGGUGCUCGUAACUUGUUCCAGCUGGGCAUCCGUGCAAUAUCCCGUCGUAAAGUCGUGCCAAUAGCCGAGUUUAGUAAGCCUCCACAACCUCAGCAUCGAGGACGCCAAGGUGGGCCGGAACAUGACCAUCCGCUACACGGGCGAACUGCACGAAGUCCUCCAGGUUACGCCAAUCACCAAGUUCACGAUGUGGAACUCCAACGGAAUGAAGAUGCCUUGUGUACAAUACAUGGGGUCCUGUACGUACAAGAGCUGUGGCGGUGAGAGCGACAUGGAAAGGAUGGUGGGCGAGCCUUGGAACAACACGUGCCCGAUUCCACCGGGUGUAUACUCAUCCAAACUGGUGUUCUUCAUGCACCCUGUAAUAAAAGCAGUGCUUGCGAAUGGCACGUUCAACGUGCGAAUGGAAGUGACCAGCGGGGAUCGCAAAGUUCAGUGUCGACUUCUCGACGUGCAUAUCGAAAAAUAAACCAACCAGCAAAAUAAAAGAAAACACUGUAAUACAGAUUGGUUCCACCAAGUGUGAAAUC